AGGAGAGGUGACUUGGAGGCGCAGCGGAUAAGCAGGGGAGGCGAUGUCGCCGCUGCUGAUCGGGGGCUGCUGGCGUUCGGUGCUGGCCCGGGCCUGCCACCGCAGGCUUUCGGCGGGGUACCGCGGGGCCUCGGGCGGACCGGGUUGCGCGCAGGAACCCCCAGUCGGAGCGUGCGAGCUGCGGGGAGAGCUGGACAGAUUCGGGGGCGUCUCAGUGCGCCUGGCGCGGCUCGGCGCGCUGGAUCGCCUGGACGCCGCCGCCUUCCUGAAGGGCUUGCAGGGCAAGUGCGCCUGGGGAGAAAGGCUCGGGCUCCUGAGCCUGUCUAAUGAAAUAACCGCCGCCCCACCCCGAGUCGCUGCGCGCACCAGUGAAGUGCUGAGCCCCGAGGGAAAGGGCGAGGCUGCAAUACAGCAAUGGAGAUCAGAAGGUAGAAUAGCUGUAUGGCUGCACAUUCCCAUCCUCCAGAGCCGGUUUAUUGCCCCUGCCGCUUCCCUGGGCUUCUGCUUUCACCAUGCAGAAUCGGAUUCUUCAACGAUGACUCUGUGGCUGGGAGAAGGGCCCAGCAGAUUACCAGGAUAUGCUACCCAUCAAGUAGGAGUUGCAGGAGCUGUGUUUGAUGAAAAUACUAGAAAAAUAUUGGUUGUACAAGAUCGAAAUAAAUUGAAAAAUAUGUGGAAGUUUCCAGGAGGCCUGUCAGAGCCUGGAGAAGAUAUUGGUGACACGGCAGUUCGAGAAGUUUUUGAAGAGACUGGUAUAAAAUCAGAAUUCAGGUCCGUCCUGAGUUUUCGACAACAGCACAGAAAUCCCGGAGCUUUUGGGAAGUCAGAUAUGUAUAUCAUCUGCCGCCUAAAGCCAUAUUCAUUCACCAUAAAUUUUUGCCAGCAUGAAUGCUUAAGAUGUGAGUGGAUGGAUAUCAAUGACCUGGUCAAGGAUGAAAAUACUACUCCAAUCACCAGCAGAGUUGCUAGACUGUUGCUAUACGGGUACAGAGAAGGGUUUGACAAGAUUGAUCUGACCAUGGAAGAACUUCCAGCAGUUUACACAGGCCUGUUCUAUAAGCUGUAUCACAAGGAACUGCCAGAAAAUUACAAAACUAUGCCAGGAAUGGAUUAAAUUCACAUUUACAAAUUCAAAACAUUUUUAAAGUAAAUUAUACAUGUUGAUUAACGUAUGCCAUAUUAUAAAAAGUAGUGAACAUUUGGGAUUGAUUAACUAAAUAUUUGACUCUAAUUUUCUAACGUAUAUGAUUUCCAUGAAUAAAAUUUGUUUGUAAAUGUGCACAUUUUAAAAGCCUCUUUUCAAAUAAAGCAAA